UUUCCGCUUACAUAGGUUUCCAUGGAAACUCACCUUUUCCCUACAGGAACACAGGAGGUUAAAUGGGGAUAUAGUUAUGCAGCAACUCGGCGGCCGAAGUUGCAGGUGAUGUGUCCGGAACAAUGCCUAACGUUUUAACUGUUGUUAUCCUGGAAUUGAGGUCAUAUGCCCAGCUGAAGUCAGGACUAAGGUCAAUGUCUGGACCUGACUUCAAAAAAUGGGCUGCGCGCGCAACAGAACUAUAUCCCACGCCACACAGUCGUUGCGGGAUUAGACUUCCCCCCCGGUAGCGCUCCUGGCCGCAGGUCAGAUCCCUUCUUAGGAAUUCUGGGAGAACCUGGAAAUUUGGAGGACAGCUAGACGGGAGAGGCAGUAACUGUCUGUGAUUGGCCAUCUCAACAUGAGAGGCGGGAUGACAGGCAGUGAUUUGCUAGCGUAAUGCUGGACUGCAAUUGGCCAAUACAAUAUUGGGCCUGUAGUAUGGCGACGGUUACCCAUAGGCCGGCACAGAAAGGGGCAGGGAAACAAGGAAAGUGAGUAAUUGGCAAGCGCGGAGUGGCGCGACACUUAUUUGUGAUUGGUCCAUAAGGCACGGAAGAAAGUGUGUCUUCGUUCAGCAAUUGGACCUGGAAUGAAAUAACGGUCUUUUAUUGGCUAAUAACUCUCGGGGCGGGGAAAGUGGAGCGUCGAGCGGUCAGUGAUUGGCCAGUAAGAUUGCCGUCGCUCGUGAAUACAGUAUGCGAUCGGCGAGGACUGCGAGGGGCUGGCGUCCCGGGCGCCGGUUCCUGGAACCGGGCGGGCGAUGACUUCCGGCUGUUGGCGCCGGCUACGCGGCCUAUGGGCCGCCGGGCAACCGCUGUUCCAAGGUCGUGCGCUGCUUGUCACCAACACGCUGAGCUGCGGCGCUCUCAUGGCGGCCGGAGACGGCGCGCGCCAGUCUUGGGAGAUCCGCGCCCGGCCCGGCCAGAAGUUCAACCUGCGGCGCUCAGCAUGUUUGCGGUGGGCUGCAGCAUGGGCCCCUUCCUGCACUACUGGUACCUCUGGCUGGACCACCUGCUCCCCACAUCUGGCCUCCGUAGUCUCCCAAACGUUCUCAGGAAGGUCCUCAUCGACCAGCUGGUCGCCUCUCCCAUGCUGGGGGUCUGGUACUUCUUAGGUCUUGGCUGCCUGGAGGGCCAGACCAUGGGCGAGAGCUGCCAGGAGCUGAGGAACAAGUUCUGGGAACUCUACAAGGCCGACUGGUGCGUGUGGCCAGCUGCGCAGCUGGUGAACUUCCUCUUCGUUCCUCCCCAGUUCCGAGUCACCUACAUCAACGGCCUGACGCUGGGGUGGGAUACGUACCUCUCCUACCUGAAGUACCAGAUCCCAGGCUCCCUGACCCCUCCCAAGCUGCACCCUGGGCAACCUGCAGACUGAGCUGUGCCACCUGCCGACCAGAUGACAGACAGGACAAGACUGACCACCGGCUGACCACCAGCUUAGGCAGGAAGGGAAACAAGCUCCUGCAGCUCCUGAGAAGAGUCCUGCCUAGUCCUGAUACCUGGGCGUAGACUGCCUCUUCUUAGCCCACUACUGGGCCUCAGUUUCCCCAUCUGCAACACAACCAUGAAGAUGGACAGUCAUCUCCCAUCCCUUCUCACUGGCGGCUUCAUUGACUGGUGAGGGAGAUGGCAUAUCCUCUGCAACCGGCCCCAACCACACAUCCCAACCCCUCGAUGCUAUUGUGGACUGGGCUCUGGGCCCAAGGAGGGGUGGGGAAACAUUGCCUGUCCCCUCAGAGCAAGGCCCAGCCUGGAGUCAGUUCCCCAGAAUCUGUCACUUUAGACAGGGUCUCAGGUCUCAUCUUAGGUGGAAAUUCUAGUAAAUUCUGUUGCUGAAAA